AUGCGUUUCUCCACCCUUUUCUCCUCCGCCCUCCUCAUCGGCGCCGUCGCUGCCCUCCCCGCUCCCAUCCCGGGCCCCUCCAACGAAGUGCAGCAGCUCCGACUGCAGUUCCUCUUCGAGCUCGAGCUCCUCCUCCAGCUCAAGCUCAUCGAGCUCAUCCUCCUCUGGCUGCAGCAACGGCGACUGCAGCUCCAGCAAGUCUUCCUCCUCUUGCUCUGGCAGCGACUGCAACAAGUCGUCGUCGUCAUGCUCGGGUAG